UAUAAAAUUUAAGUCUUUGUUUAAUUGAUUUUACUUAUUCUCAGCAUAGAGGGUUAAUUCCGCGACUUUUAUCUGAUAUGUUUACGGAGAAAAUAAACCGAAGGAAAAUUUGUGAUAUACGCUAUCGUUUGAGUUUUCUUCAGCUGAGAGGUAAAAACGUAACCGAUCUUCUUACGACGCAAAAACGAAAAAUCGUUAACAUUAGCGAGCACGAUGUCUUUAAGCAUGUAACUAUAGUGGAUGUAGACAACGAGGAGGAGACCCUGAAGAAAAUACUCGAGGCAGAAGCAAGGAGAGCGAUUGUCAAAGGAACAAUAUAUCCGGUGUCACAUCUGGGUGCAGCUAUAAUCACUCUCCACGUAUCAAAUGCAAGUCUAAUAAAAUCACAGGCCACCGUAGCGACGGCAAGAAUACAUGUCGUAGAGAUGGCUGGAACUGGUACAGCGGGGAAAUCGAGUUGCGCGAAAACAGCGACCGAUUUGGGUACGGCGAAUUUGAUGAAAAUGCAGCUAGAACAGUACUUCAUGUAUCUUAGAGAACCGAACGCUUCGAUGUACAGUGUUGUUCGCUCAAGUAAUUUACUGAAGCUACUGAAAGACGCCCUUACCGUUACAUCCAUCAUUCGUUUUAUAUCUCAUGUGCGGAUCACAAGGGAGGAUCUCGAUGUCACUUUGUCGACCAUGCGACUGACUGCUAAAAUCGCAAAACUGAAACUGAUCAAAACGAUACGAUACGUUCGGCCGCAAGCGGAAUUAAUUGUGCAACAAUUGCGAAAGGAAGUAAAUGCUCUAAGGACGGAGCUGGAAUUAAAUGCUAUGUUUUUACAUCAAGAAGCGCUGAUGAACAUCUCGAAAUCGCGGGCCGAGCAGAUUAGCCGGGAUAUAAUGAAAUUUUUGCAGGGUUCCAUUUCGGAGUUAACGCUCUUCAACGUUACCCAAGCGCGAGUAUUGAUGAAAAUCACCAAACGAUUAUACGACAAAUUAAUUGCGGAAGGCAUUAAAGCGCAGGACUUAAAUGAAGUGUAUGAAAAUGUGGUGGAAUCAUUGGUGCAAGCAAAUGCUACCUAAUCGACAUUGUUGUUAAAAAAAAAUUUCUUUAUUGCACUUUAUCAUCCUGCUAAUUAUUUUAAUCUUACGUCUAUGUGUAUUAAUACAAACAAGA